UUUCAUGGCAAAAUCACCAGAGACAGAGCACCCAGUGAAGGCUUUUGGAUGGGCAGCUAGAGACUCCUCUGGAGUCUUCUCUCCAUUCAAAUUCUCCAGAAGGGCCACUGGUGAGAAAGAUGUGAAAUUCAAGGUCUUGUAUUGUGGUAUCUGUCACUCUGAUCUUCACUUUGUGAAGAACGAAUUUGGCAUGUCUAUGUAUCCUCUCCUCCCCGGGCACGAGAUCGUGGGCAUAGUUACUGAGGUGGGUAGCAAGGUACAAAAGUUCAAAGUUGGAGACAAAGUUGGUGUCGGUUGUCUGAUUGGAACAUGCGGCUCAUGCGAAAAUUGUGCUAAAGAUCUUGAGAGUUACUGUCCUGAAAUGAUACUUACUUUCAGUACCAUUUACCAUGAUGGAACAGUCACAUAUGGGGGUUACUCUGAUAUCAUGGUUGCCGAUGAACACUUCGUGCUUCGCUGGCCUGACAGCCUGCCUCUUGAUGCUGGUGCUCCUCUCCUAUGUGCAGGGAUUACAACUUAUAGCCCCCUGAGAUAUUUCGGACUUGACAAGCCAGGUAAACAUGUGGGUGUGGUAGGUCUAGGAGGUCUCGGCCAUGUAGCUGUGAAGUUUGCGAAGGCUUUUGGGGCUAAGGUGACGGUCAUCAGUACAUCCCCUAACAAGAAAAAAGAAGCCAUUGAACAGCUAGGUGCUGAUGCAUUUUUGGUCAGCCUUGACUCAGAUCAGAUGCAGGCAGCAAUGGGCACAAUGGAUGGUAUCAUUGAUACUGUUUCUGCAAAUCACUCUAUUUUACCGUUGAUUGGAUUGUUGAAGUCACAUGGAACAUUGGUUUUGGUUGGUGCACCAGAGAAACCACUAGAGCUACCAGUGAUGCCAUUGCUUAUGGGGAGAAAGAUAGUGGCUGGUAGUAGCAGUGGGGGAAUAAAAGAAACGCAAGAGAUGCUCGACUUUGCAGCAGAACACAACGUAACAGCUGAUGUUGAGGUCAUUCCAAUGGACUAUGUGAACACUGCUAUGGAGCGUCUUGCAAAAGCUGAUGUUAGAUACCGAUUUGUCAUCGACAUUGGGAACACUUUGAAAGCUCCUUCAUCCUAGGAAUUUUGGUUUUUCCGAGGUUGUUUCGUGGUCAGACAAGGGAUCGAUAUUAGGAUCUAUGUUUCUAUGUGGUUGUCUUCUAUGGUUGUUGACAUCGAUCUUAAUCUUCUUGUAAAUCAGUGCUCAAAUGUGAGAUUUUAUUUCGUCGUGUGUACUUUUUUCAU